UUAAUUCAUUAGAAACUAUUAGAGACUAUUAACACGUACACAGACAUUUGCAAAUAGACUGAGUUUUAAGCGCUUCGAAUAUUAUUUACAUAAUUUGACCUGUUUUUUUUGCAACAGAAAAUUUGUAGUAAAAUGAUAUAUUAGUAGCGAGAAAAGAAAAAAAGAGACUUCGGUCAGUUUCAACACCGCGUUGGCACGCAAAACCAACCGAUGUUUCCGUCGUGCGGCUUGUAAACAUUACAUCAGAGGGCUGCACUUAGCAAGACUGCAGAUUUGAUAAUUUAAGCUAAGCGAUAUAGAAUAAUAAAUAAUCGCGGAAAGAAUGUCAGAUAAACCGAGCAGAACAAUAUGGUCUUUUUGUAGACAAUUAUCAGCGAUGAUGAUCUGUCUCAUUUUUAUCGUCAGAAAAUCGCGUGAUUCGGAGAUCGGUGUCGCAGAUAUUUACGCGAUGAUCCGCAUGAUAAUUGUAGGCAUAAUUGGAUCACGUUUUGUCGAAGCUUCCUCAGAGGGCCGUAGUAACCGGGCGAGGAAUCCGAAAGACAUUAGACGUUGAUUAGACGUGAGGGACGUGACAAAGUCUAAUCGGUCAUGUCGGUCUUGAUUGAUUCUAGCCGCUUCUAGUAUCGAACCAGCGUUCGAUUAUCCCAUCGACGAUUUUAUUUGGGAAUUGGAAUCUCAGAUAACAUCGAUGCGAGUAUCUACUUGUAUCCUGGCCGGCCGGUGGGGCGACAAGUGUUAUCGUACAAAGUUCACGAGCGUCGCUCGAUAUAUAUAAGGUACAUGUGCUUCGUUGUCGCGGGUUUCUCUGGCCCGUUCAAAGAUUCGCACGCGCUUAUGAUCUCUAGUGAUAGAUAAUUCCAAGAGAAGAUGGGUAAGUUAGGAAGUAUUCGGCCGCCGGAGAUGCUGCUGCGAAUAUACUCGCUAUGCAUCCUGGCGCUAGAUCUCAUGACGUUCCUCGUCGGGGUGGGCUGUACGAUCCUGGUCGCAGUCUACAGAAUGUUCAAGCCGCCACCGUUAAAGAAUCUCAACUAUGAAGUGGCCAUGGUCGUAGGUGCUGGUCGUGGAAUAGGCAAGGAGCUUGCUCUGCAGCUGUGCCAGUUUGGUGUCGUGGUCGCUUGUGUGGAUAUUAAUACAGAAGCCUGUACCGCCACUGUGCAGCGUGCCCAACAGCAACAUGGAGUGUGUAAGAACUAUCAGUGCGACGUGAGAAAUAAAGAUGCAGUCGUUCGAAUCGUGAAGCUUAUUAAGAAUGAAUUGGGAGACAUUACAAUGCUUUUCAAUUGUUGUGGUUUACCCAGCCCACGUGCAUUAAUACAAGAAUCAUCAGAAGUAAGAGACAUUAUGAACGUGUCGGUCAUUAGUCACUUUUGGUUGCUGGAUUCAGUUUUACCAUGUAUGCGACACGCUGGUAAAGGCCACAUCACGAUCCUAUCUUCUGUCGCUGGUCUCUCCAAUGGAUCGAGUGGUCGUGGAACCAGAGUUCCUUUGUCCACCGCGCAAUUUGCGGUCCAGGGAUUAGCAGAAUCCUUGCACAUGGAAUUAAGACAUUCAAACAGCAACAUUAUUGUUUCAUUGGUCCACGUUUAUCCAUUUAUUGUUGCGACGGAAAUUGCGAAAGAUAUACGCUUUAGAAUACCGAGUUACUUUGGUACAAUGCCUGCCGCAGAAGUUGCUAAACAAAUUUUAAACGGCGUUCGGCGAAACUAUGCAGAAUUUAGCGUACCGGGAUAUUUGCUUUAUCUCGGACAUGUACUCAGGAUUCUCCCAAAAAAGGCAUCUUUUAUGUUGCGCGAUUUGUUAGACACUGGAGUUGACUUUGCAUAAUGUUAUAUAAACGUAUCUUAUAAUUAUAUACAUAUAUAGAUAUAUUUUAUAUACGAUAUGUGCACGCAUUAAGAUUACGUUUAAGUAGAUGUUUAUUUCAUUUUUUAACAGAUUUAUUACUCUUAAUAUUCUUACUGCACAAUUUCUCAGCAAGACACUUUCUGCUGAUAUUUUUUUAUGUCUUUAUAAAGUUGUUUUGUAUUAUGUAUAAAUUUUACUUAAAUCUUAAGAGAAAGAAUGCAACAAAUGUGAGAAUUUAUGUAACAAAAAUAUUUUAUUAUUUUUUAUACACUUGGAAAUUAUAUUCAUUAUGAAAAAACUGUUUAUUACUUUCAUAUGACGUUAAGUGGAUUUGAUUCUAUUAUAUAUAUAUAAUUUUUUUAACUUAAGCACAUAACUAUUCUCUCUUUAACUUUUAACGUAUAUAUGAAAUAUACAUAUAUGUUGAGACUGAUUUGUAAUGUAAUAUAUGCAUAAUGAAAUCAAUUUUAUUAAAA